AUGUCUGACGAUGCCGGUGACACCUCAGCCACUGGAGACAAAGCAGAAAUUACCAAGAUGCCCAAUAGCAAGUUUUUACCCAAAGAGACAGAAGCACACUGUGAUUCAGCUACGAUUCCAAAUGAGCCAACACCAGCUGACGCCACAGAAGAUGGGCAUGAAAAUGCAACCACUCAGCGUGCAGAGACUGCAAACACCCAGCACCCUGAGCCCCAACACCCCAGUGCCACGCAGCAUCCCCCCAAUGGAGAAGUGACUGAGGAUGCGCUUGUUGAAUGCAUUGACUCCGUCAGCCUCGAGGCGGAACCUGGAUCUGAAAUACCCCUGAAAGAGCAGAGUAAUCCGGCUGUGGAUUCCCCAUCACAUGGAGGGGGAUGGGCAGGCUGGGGCUCCUGGGGCAAAUCUCUGCUCUCAUCAGCAUCUGCCACAGUAGGUCAUGGAUUGACAGCAGUCAAGGAAAAAGCAGGAGCCACACUACGGAUUCAUGGUGUAAACUCCAGCUCUUCUGAAGGGGCCCAACCUGAUACCGAAAGUGGAGUCCCUCAAACAGAUGUGGCCACAGAUCAGAGUCCCACAGAAAGCCCACCCACUUCUCCCUCAUCCGGGUCUCGGGGCAUGCUGUUCGCCAUCACCAAUGUGGUUCAAAACACAGGUAAAAGCGUCUUAACGGGCGGUCUGGACGCUCUGGAAUUCAUUGGUAAGAAAACCAUGAAUGUCCUUGCGGAGAGUGACCCAGGCUUUAAGCGGACCAAGACACUCAUGGAGAGAACCGUUUCCUUAUCUCAGAUGUUAAGAGAAGCCAAGGAGAAAGAGAAGCAGAGGUUGGCCCAGCAGCUCACGGCCGAGAGGACCGCACACUACGGGAUGCUGUUUGAUGAGUAUCAAGGUUUGUCACACCUGGAAGCCCUGGAAAUUCUGUCCAAUGAAAGUGAAAGCAAGGUUCAGUCAUUUUUAACAUCGCUUGAUGGAGAGAAGCUGGAACUCUUAAAAAACGACCUAAUUUCCAUUAAAGACAUCUUUGCAGCCAAAGAAUUGGAGAAUGAAGAGAAUCAAGAAGAACAAGCCUUAGAAGAAAAGGGAGAAGAAUUUGCUAGCAUGCUUACAGAGCUUCUCUUUGAAUUACAUGUUGCAGCCACGCCUGACAAACUCAAUAAGGCCAUGAAGAAGGCUCAUGACUGGGUGGGAAAAGAUCAAGCUACCGUAUCAGUAGAUAUGGCAGAAGAGGCAGAGGAGAACACCAGAAAGGAAGAAAAGGAAGAGAAACCAGAAAAUCCCGAAGAAGACAAAAAGGAAGAGAGAAGAACUAAGACAGUUGAGGAAGUAUACAUGCUGUCCAUCGAAAGUCUGGCAGAAGUAACAGCACGUUGCAUUGAGCAGCUGCACAAAGUAGCAGAGUUAGUUCUUCAUGGGCAGGAAGAGGAAAAACCAGCUCAGGACCAAGCAAGAGUUCUGAUAAAAUUAACUACUGCAAUGUGUAAAGAAGUGGCCUCCUUAUCAAAGAAGUUUACGAAUUCUUUAACCACUGUUGGGAGCAACAAGAAGGCUGAGGUUCUUAACCCCAUGAUCAAUAGUGUAUUGCUAGAGGGCUGCAAUAGCACGACAUACAUCCAGGAUGCCUUCCAGCUGCUGCUGCCUGUGCUGCAGGUCUCACACAUCCAGACCAGUUGUUCAAAAGCACAGCCGUGA